CAAUAAAUAGCCCUAGGUAGUGUGGCUCAGUGGAUUGAGUGCUGGCCUGAGAAUUGGGCUGGUUUGAUUCCCAGUCAGGGCACAUGCCUGGGUUGCCGGCUCUGUCUCCAGCUGUGGGCAUGUGAGAGGCAACUGAUCGAUGUGUCUUUCACACAUUGAUGUUUCUGUCUGUCUCUUUCUCCCUCCCUCCCCCUCCUCUCUAAAAAUAAAACCUUUAAAAAUAAAAUCAAUAAAUAAAAAUUUAAAAAAAGAAGAAAAGAUCCUACUGAGACCCCCUGGGAAAAGAGACAAAGGGAGAAGAGGAAGAAAGGGAAAGGUUGGGGGCUUCUAUCUCCGCCCUGCUACCCACCUGGCAGCCCUCUGGCUACUCAUGUCCUUGGAGAGAGGUGCCCUGGAUUCAUCUCUCCCCACUAAGGAGCUCUAGAGACACCUGACCAUGGACACUCUGAAUAGGAACCAGAUAGGCCUUGGAUGCAAGACCCAAGCAAUGUUGCAAAAAGGACCCUUGGACCUGAUUGAGACGGGCAAAGGACUUAAAGUGCAAACAGACAAACCCCACCUAGUGAGCCUGGGAAGUGGACGACUCAGUACAGCUAUCACCCUUCUGCCACUGGAGGAAGGGAGAACAAUGAUUGGCUCUGCGGCCAAGGACAUCACACUGCAGGGUCCAGGCCUGGCUCCUGAGCACUGCUACAUUGAGAAUCUGCGGGGCAACCUUACCCUCUACCCUUGUGGCAAUGCCUGUGCUAUUGAUGGGCUCCCUGUCCAGCAUCCCACUCGGCUCAUUCAGGGCUGCAUGUUGUGCCUGGGUCAGUCCACCUUCCUCCGCUUUAAUCACCCGGCCGAAGCCAAGUGGAUGAAAAGCAUGAUUCCAGCAGGGGGCCAGGCUCCCAGGCCCCCCUACAGUUUUGGCCCAGCAGAAUCAGAAAGUCUGGUGAAUGGGAACCACACCCCACAGCCUGCAAACCAGGGGCCCUUGGCCUGUGCCAGCCACAGUUCCCUGGUGAGCUCUAUUGAGAAGGACCUGCAGGAAAUCAUGGAUUCACUGGUGCUAGAGGAACCUGGAGCUACUAGCAAGAAGCCUGCUGUAACUUCCCCACUCUUGCCAGUGGCUAAUGGUGGUCGUUACCUGCUGUCCCCUGCAACCAGCCCUGGUGCCAUGUCUGUGGGCUCCAGCUACGAGAACACCUCUCCAGCCUUCUCUCCACUCUCCUCACCAGCCAGCAGUGGAAGCUGUGCCAGCCACUCACCCAGUGGCCAUGAGCCAGUACCUUCCAUACCUCCGCUGGUACCUGCUCGUUCCUCGAGCUACCAUCUGGUUCUGCAGCCCCUACAGUCCCGACCUAGUGGUGGCCACUCCUCUGAGAGCCCUCGGCUGGGCAGAAAGGCAGGUAAUGAGAGGCCUCUGAGCCCUGGCCUCCGGGGUCUGCUGACAGAUAGCCCUGCAGCUACUAUCUUGGCAGAGGCCCGCAGAACCACUGAGAAGCCCUGGCUCGGUGGGCAGCUGCCUGCGGUCGCUAUCAGCCUGAGUGAAUACCUAGCUUCCAGUGCCCACAGCCAAUCCCCAAGCAUUCCUGGCAGCUCUAAGUUCCAGCCUCCAGCCCUUGUUCCUCAAAACAAAAUUGGCACACUUCAAGACUGCCCUCCCAGCCCUCUACAUGAGCUGCCAGGCACUGAGCGGGUGUUGACAACUAGCCCCUCACACCAUUUGGUGGGCCGAACAUUUUCAGAUGGGUCAGCCACCCGCACCUUACAGCCUCCUGAGAGUCCCCGUCUGAGCCGGCGGGGCCUGGACAGUAUGCGAGAACUCCCUCCCUUGAGCCCAUCUCUGUCCAGGCGGGCUGUCUCUCCCAUGCCCUCUCGUACCACCCCAGAUCCCAAACGAACCCAAGUGGCAGAGAGUCCCCGGCCCCGGCGCUGGGCAGCCCAUGGGGCUUCACCAGAGGACUUCUCACUGACACUGGGGACAUGGGGCCAUAGGACACGGAGCCCCUCGCCCACACUCGGGGAGUCCCUGGCACCUCGCAAGGGCAGCUUCAGUGGCAGGCUGAGCCCAGCCUACAGUCUGGGCUCUUUGACUGGGGCUUUGCCCCAGCAGAGCCCCCGUGCCCGGAGGAAGCUCUCCAGUGGAGACUUACAGGUGCCUGUCACUCGAGAGCGGAAAAAUAGCAUCACGGAGAUCAGCGACAAUGAGGAUGACCUUCUGGAGUACCACCGGCGGCAGCGCCAAGAGCGGCUUCGGGAGCAGGAGAUGGAGAGGCUGGAACGGCAGCGCCUAGAGACCAUCCUCAACCUGUGUGCAGAGUACACCCGGGCUGAUGGGGGACCUGAGGCUGGGGAGCUGCCCAGCAUCGGGGAGGCCACUGUAGCAUUGGCAUUGGCAGACCAGAGGCCCUCACAAGGCCUUUCGGGGGCCAUUGGAACCUGUGGGCGGAGCAAUGAGGAGCCUGGAGGUGCCACCCAACGCCUGUGGGAGAGUAUGGAACGCUCAGAUGAGGAAAAUCUCAAGGAAGAGUGCAGUAGCACUGAGAGCACUCAGCAGGAGCAUGAAGAUGCGCCUAGCACCAAGCUCCAAGGAGAGGUGCUGGCCCUGGAGGAGGAGCGGGCUCAGGUGCUGGGGCGAGUGGAGCAGCUCAAGGUCCGUGUGAAGGAGCUGGAGCAGCAACUACAGGAGUCAGCCCGAGAGGCAGAAAUGGAGCGGGCGCUGCUGCAGGGGGAGAGGGAGGCAGAAUGGGCCCUGCUGCAGAAGGAACAGAAGGCAGUGGACCAGCUGCAGGAGAAGCUGGUGACCUUGGAGACGGGCGUCCAAAAGGAGAGGGAUAAGGAGAGGGCAGAGCUGGCCACAGGACGGAGGCACCUGGAGGCCCACCAGGCUCUCUACGCCAAGCUCCAGAUGCAACUCGAUAACUGCCCCGAGUCAGUGCGGGAACAGUUACAGGAGCAGCUGAGAAGGGAGGCAGAGGCCCUGGAGACAGAGACAAAGCUGUUUGAGGACUUGGAGUUCCAGCAGCUGGAGCGGGAGAGCCAUGUGGAGGAGGAGCGGGAGUUGGCCAGCCAGGGCCUUCUCCUGAGCAAGGCUGAGCUGCUCCGCAGCAUCACCAAAAGGAAGGAGCACCUGGCAAUCCUGGACAGUCAGGCUGGGCAGAUCCGGGCUCAGGCCGUGCAGGAGUCGGAGCGGUUGGCCCGGGACAAGAAUGCCUCCCUGCAGCUGCUGCAGAAGGAGAAGGAGAAAGUGACUAUGUUGGAAAGAAGAUACCACUCACUCACAGGAGGCAGGCCUUUCCCAAAGACCACAUCGACCCUCAAAGAGAUGGAGAAGCUGCUGUUCCCUGCUGUAGACUUAGAGCAGUGGUACCAGGAGCUGAUGGCCGGGCUGGGGACUGGCCCUGCUGCAGCCUCCCCUCGCUCCUCUCCCCUGCCUCUGCCCACCAAAGCUUUUCGUCAACUGCAGAUGCAGGGUUGGACCAGGGAUUGUCCCAAGAAAGAACAGUCUGAAAAGGAGGCUCGGCAGCUGCCAAUGUCUGCCUAUUGGGCUGGCCCAGGAGGCUCAGUGUUGUUGUCAACUGGAGACAGAAGCCUGGUUUACCGCUCCAAGACGGAUGGGGAAGCAACCAGCCCUCUGCUCCGUAACCGUAGUGGCCCCCUUUCCUCUUCCUCUGGCUCUUCCUCCUCCUCCUCCCAGCUCAGUGUGGCUACCCUGGGUCGUAGCUCCUCCCCAAAGGGUGCUCUACUUGCCCAGAAUGGCACAGGAAGCCUUCCUCGAAACCUGGCAGCCACCCUGCAGGACAUUGAGACCAAGCGCCAGUUGGCCCUGCAGCAGAAGGGGCAGCAGGUAAUUGAAGAGCAGCGGCGGAGAUUGGCUGAGCUGAAGCAGAAAGCAGCAGCCGAGGCUCAGUGCCAGUGGGAUGCCCUGCACGGGACAUCCCCCUUCUUGGCAGGCCCCUCGGGCAUCCCCCCACUCAUGCACCACUCCAUCCUGCACCACCUGCCAGCUGGGCGGGAGCGUGGGGAGGAGGGUGAACACGCCUACGACACACUGAGCCUGGAGAGCUCUGACAGCAUGGAGACCAGCAUCUCCACAGGAGGAAACUCAGCCUGCUCCCCUGACAAUGUGUCCAGUACAAGUGGCCUGGAUGUCGGCAAGAUUGAGGAGAUGGAGAAGAUGCUGAAGGAAGCUCACUUGAAGAAGAGUCGGCUCAUGGAGUCGAAGGAGCAGGAGAUGGAGCUACGGCGUCAAGCCCUGGAGGAGGAGCGGAGGCAGCGGGAGCAGGUGGAACGGAGGCUUCAGAGUGAGAGCACCAGGAGGCAGCAGCUGGUGGAGAAGGAGGUCAAGAUGCGGGAGAAACAGUUUUCUCAGGCACGACCCUUGACCCGCUAUCUGCCAGUCCGGAAAGAGGACUUUGAUCUGAAGACCCACAUCGAGUCCUCAGGCCAUGGUGUUGAUACCUGCCUGCACGUGGUACUCAGCAGCAAGGUCUGCCGAGGCUACUUGGUCAAGAUGGGCGGCAAAAUUAAAUCAUGGAAGAAGCGCUGGUUUGUCUUCGACCGGCUCAAGCGUACCCUUUCCUAUUAUGUGGACAAGCAUGAGACAAAAUUGAAGGGGGUCAUCUAUUUCCAGGCCAUUGAAGAGGUAUACUACGAUCACCUACGCAGUGCAGCCAAGAGCCCAAACCCAGCCCUGACCUUCUGUGUGAAGACCCAUGACCGGCUGUACUACAUGGUAGCCCCAUCUGCGGAGGCCAUGCGCAUCUGGAUGGAUGUCAUUGUCACCGGGGCUGAGGGCUACACUCAGUUCAUGAACUGACUGUUGUGGGCCUCCUGGACUCAUGCCUGACCACCUGCUGCUCUGCUUGCCCCUGGAGACAGAGUAACAAACACCCUGGCCCUAGGCCUCACUGGGCGCUUCCAGAGGCCCUGGGAUAGUAGAACAUAACUGGUGCUUUUGUAUAAGAAGACUUUGCAAUGUUGUCUAAGGAGCUCAUUCUGGGAGUUUCUGAGCUUGGGCCUCCUGAAGAACCAGUCAGGAGAUCAAAGGUAGGGAGGGAGCUUUGUAGCCUCCUGGGAGCUCAGCACUUGCAAUAACCCUUCAGGGUCCUGCGCUCCUUGGCCUGUGUUCUCUUUUGUAAAGGACAGUUAUGGUACCGGAAUUGGCCAAAGAUUCCCUCUUGCCUCAGCCCCCUUUGCAGGAGCAUUGGGGGCUGAGCAAGACCACAUCCAGAGUAGGGCAACAGCUCAGGCAGUGUACCUCUCAAACCCUGCUCUUACCCCUUUGUUUUCCCACAUCCAUAUUUUUAAAAAAGAUUUCAUUUGUUCAUUUCCAGAGAGAGGGGAAGAAGAGGAGAAAGAGAGGGAGAGAAACUUCAGUGUGCGAUUGCCCCUUGCAUGCCUCCCACUGGGGACCUGGCCCACAACCCAGGCAUGUGCCAACUGGGAAGUUGGUGACCCUUUGGUUUGCAGGCUGGCACUCAAUUCACUGAGCCGCACCAGCCAGGGCCCGAAUUCAUAUUUUUUAUUACCUUGCUCAAGGGCCAGAGACCUCAAGUUUUAUCCUUGGUGGUCUCCUGCCCCAUCCCCUUUUUGCAGACCUAUUGACAUGGUCACCAUAGUAACUGCUUCAUUGCCAUGGUUACAUACUAAUUACCUUGGCUCCAUGGUUCAGCAGCUCAGCCCACUGCUUAAGCUGUGGGCCCAUCUGAGGGUAUAUGUGCCAUCAUCUCUCCAGCCCAGGCCCUUGGGCAUAUCAUGCUGGAGGGACGGAACCAGAAACCUCCCUGUACCAGCCUGUGUCUCUAGGCCCUGAAGCACAGCCUGCUGGCCCCCUGGCCAGCCCUCUCCCUUCCACUUGUGCCUUCCUUAGAGCCAGAAGGGAUGAAGCCAGGGUACCUAGCUCCAGAGAAGUAAUGUGGAUGAUUGAGAAAGCUAGAAGGGCUGAGUUUCUGACAGGGACAGAGGGCUACUCCAUGAGAAAAUCUGAGCAGGAGAGGAGCAGCAGAGAGGAAGGCCUUGUAGCCCAGCUGCCCUCCUCCAGCCACAGAAGGGUGAUGAAAAUGGAGAGCAGAGGACUAGGCCUCAGCAGUCUGGCCUCAGUCCUUCCCGCCUUAACACUAAUCCCAACUCCUUGCUCCCUUCUCCAGCACUGGGCCAUGGUUGCUGGGUCCAGGCUGGGUAAUUUGCAAUAUUUGUAAACAUCCCAGCAGAACAAUAAAGCAUUUGGAGUAUGUUU